AUUUGCAUUUUAAAAUUUGUUUAUAAAGAUAGAGGGCGCAGUUGUUAGAAAUAUUUUCGCGUGUAAGGAAUAAUUGCUGGAGUCAACUAAAUGGUGACAACAUUCUGAGGACUAAUUUGUUUAAGUAGGACUGAGUAAAUCUACAUUCAUUGUUAGGGUUCUGGAACAGAUUCCGUUCACCGUUAUUGCAAGCAGAUGGCGAAGGGAAAACAUGCGCAUACCCGUGCACAGGGGAAGAAGUGGUCAACAUUUUCACUAUUUUUGUGGAUGUUUUUCUUCCUCACUCUUAUCCUUGUUGUGCUCUUCGUUCUCGGCAUUGUUUAUAUUCCGACUACCGAUGACGAUUUUCCAACCGCGGAUCUCGCAGCCUUCAGGCGCAAGACCUCUCAAAGUUUGGAGGAAAAACCGGAGCAGUGGACUGAAAUUCUCUCCUGGGAGCCAAGAGCGUUUAUCUAUCACAAUUUUCUGUCGAAAGAAGAAUGUGAGUACUUGAUUGAACUUGCCAAACCUUACAUGGUAAAGUCAAGUGUUGUUGAUAGCAAGACUGGGAAGAGUACAGAAAGCAGGGUUCGAACUAGUUCAGGAAUGUUUCUGAAGAGAGGAAGGGACAAAGUUGUUCAAGAUAUAGAGAAAAGAAUUGCUGACUAUACCUUUAUACCUGUAGAAAAUGGAGAAGGACUUCAAAUUCUUCAUUACGAAGUAGGGCAAAAAUACGAGCCUCACUAUGAUUACUUCCUUGAUGAGUUCAACACUAAGAAUGGAGGCCAACGUAUUGCUACAGUUCUUAUGUACCUUUCAGAUGUUGAAGAAGGUGGUGAGACUGUAUUUCCUGCAGCAACUACAAAUUUUAGCUCUGUGCCAUGGUGGAAUGAUUUAUCCCAAUGUGCAAGAAAGGGUCUGUCCGUGAAACCAAAAAGGGGUGACGCUCUGCUAUUUUGGAGCAUGAGGCCUGAUGCCUCAUUAGAUCCAUCUAGUUUACAUGGUGGUUGUCCAGUAAUUAAAGGAAAUAAAUGGUCCUCGACAAAGUGGAUGCAUCUCCAUGAGUACAAGGUUUAAGCCAUCGUCUUUGCAGGAUUAAUGUGGUAUACUGAGUAAUUCAUCGCUUUUUUGGACUGGAGAAACACAGGGUCAAUGCAUUCAUAUUAACCUCUUAUACCUGGUGAUGUUUUCCUUUGCUCAGGUGCGCCAGUUUUCUUCACAUGUAUAAUACAAUCAUUUGCUUUUUCUUUCCCAUGGGUAGAUAAUUUGGCGCUGCCAAGGGAAAAAAGAGUGCUUAUGAUUAAUGAUUCGAGUUACAAUUUUUAUAGUUUUAAUAGAGUUUUCGAAGGGAAGAUGUCUCUAGGUAAGAGGCUCACUAGGGAGUGAUGUGUGGAAUACAAGUAGAGAUAAUUUUGUAAUUUAAUAUAGUGAAAGGAUAGUAUAUUGGUCAUAGAGAAGUUUUUGAGAAUGUGACGUGUUUCAAAGAAUAAAAAAGAACACAUUUGGAGAAGAAACAAAGUAUAGUUUGUAAAAAAGUUUAUUUUUCCUGCA